CUUAGCAACAGAAGCAACAUGGCGGCGUCCAGUACCGCGGAGCCCUCUCAGGAGAUAACGGCACCAUUAAAGAUACCGAAAACCGAGGUGCCGUCUCCCGAGUCCGAGGAUUUGAGCGACAGCAUCCAGUACCACUCCGACCCUUCGACACCGAACCGCUUCUCGCCUCUGAACGUGGGCUCCGGGACCGCGGGCCGGACGGCGGCCUCAUGCUCCUCCAACAGCUUCACCGCCUGCCGGGGGAUGUCCUGGACGCCGUCCGAGACGAACGCCCUCAUCGCGGUGUGGGGCAACGAGCGGCUCACGGAGGCGCGCAUGCAGCAGCUGGAGGUCGCGGGCACCGUGUUCUCCGGGAAGCCGCCCGGCCCCGCCAUGUACGAGCGAGUGUCCAGGGCGCUGUCGGACCUGGGCUACGAGAGAACCCCGUCCCAGUGCAGGGAGAGGAUGAAGACACUUCGGCGCUGCUACAGCCGUGUGAAGGAGCAUGGCAUCGGGAAGAGGAAGAGCAGCUACACCCUGGAGCAGCUGGAGAAGGUGUUCGGUCAGGGAGGCUGGGACUCUCAGAGCUGCGCCCCGGUGCUGAUCAACAGCAGCGGGUUGUACCAGGAGAUGGAGUCUGACGGCAGCACGCUGGAGGACUUCUCGCAGGAGGACUGGUGCAACCAGGUGUUGGACUCGGCCUUCCAGGAAGCAGACAUGGACACCGAAGACCUACAGGUGCCUAAAAGCAGAGCUCUGCAGGUUCAAGCAGAAUUGUCUGAAUUAACCCAGAAAAGGGAGGCGAUGCAGACGGUGAUCCGCAUCCUGGAGUCUGUGCAGCUGAACUGGGAGCAUUUCCAGACGUGGACCGAGUUCUCCCGGCUGCACCUGUCCAACAAGCUGGCCAUCUUUGGCGUGGGCUACAACACACGCUGGCGCGACGAUGUACGCUACCACUACGCCGAGAUCAGCUCGCAGGUGCCGCUGGGCAAGCGGCUCCGGGAGUACUUCAACCCGGAGAAGCCGGAGGGCCGGGUCAUCAUGACCAAGGUCCAGAAGAUGAACUGGAAGAACGUCUACUACAAGUUCCUGGACAUCACCAUCAGCGAGGCGCGCUGCCUGGAGCUCCACAUGGAGGUGGACUGGAUCCCCGUGUCGCGGCCGCCGCUAGCGAGCAGCAAAGGCUCGUCCCACUACCUCCUGCCAGGUUUCGUCCCCAAGACGCACGGCCUGUACGCCAUCGGCUGUGAGGCGCUGCCGGCCUGCGACGCCGCUUGCACGCCGUCUCCUCCGGCCAACGACGAGGAGCAGGACGACAGCAGCUCGCCCCGGCGGGAGGCGGAGAAUGGGUCAGAGGGCAGCGUCAGGACUGGGCCCGCCGUCACGUACUGCUACCUGGGCGUCGCCGAGGACAGGACCAUCCAGCAGUGCCUCUCCCAGCACUUUCAGGGACCCGGGAAGCACUGCGCCUACGGGGAGCCGUCCGGCGUGACCCGCUUCCUGCAGGAGAACGGCGGCGCCAGGACGGAUCAGCAAGGUGGAGACUCGCCGCAGCGCUGCGCCGUUUACGUAAAAUUCAUCGAGGUGGAGCUGGACUUCCUCUCGGCGGGCUCCCUGGUGGAAUGCCUGGAAACGGCCGUCGGUUACUCCUUAAGGUUCAACAACAAGGAAACAUUGUAACCACCACCCCGUCGGUUUACAGGUGACUCUGCAGCUCUGGUGGUGGCAGCGUCAUGCUGCGGGAUGCUCUUCUGUUUAAGCAGCUUAGAAAGAAAAAAAAAGUAAAGAAAAGGUAAAUUUUUUAUUUCCUUUUGUCUCUGGCUGUCAUGGAAACAAGCGUUGACAUGUGACGUUCAUUUGUGGCUGAGAGAUGCAUUUAUGUACGCGUCACCAGUUAAAUGCUGCCCACCAUAAUAAGCUCACGAAGUCAUUCAGAAUACUAAAUCCUUCAGUUUCGACGCAGAGUUUCAUCACAGUUCAAGUGUUCAAACUGACAAGAGUUUCUAAAUGAACAACAGUUUCUGCCUCAGUAUGAUUUGCAGCACUGACAACGGCGCUUAUUAUUGAAUAUUGUGCACUAGGAUUCUCCAGCUGCUUGUUAGGUUUUAUGUGACAUGUCUGAUCAGGGAGAGCAGGGCUGGAGGAGGUGGGUAUGUGUGGGCGUGUGUUUGUGUGGGCGUGUGUGUGUGUGUGUGUGUGUGUGUGUGUGUGUGUGUGUGUGUGUGUGUGUGUGUGUGUGUGUGUGUGUGUGUGUGUGUGUGUGUGGGUGGAGGGAGGCUUACCCUGCAGUAUGCAUCUGUCUACCUCAGUAGGAUGUAGCAAACCACGCAGUGAGGGACCACAGCUGGAUGUAUUCAGAAACUGCCUUCACUUGGACUGUUGGUUUGAGUCCACAGAGCAUCUAUGGGUAGAGGCGGAGUCAUGCCUUACGUUUUGCACAUGUGGCGGGUUUAGCAGCAAGAGAUACUUCCAUGCAAACUACAGAACCAUCGCUCCACGGCCGGACGCCGUGAGCUGGCGUCAACGGAGCCGACCGUGGGUCCGGACGAGGAAGCAGGAUUCGUUGUUUUGCAAACCAGAACCAGAACCGUUAUUCAGGUCAGAUUAAGAUCUUCAAUGUUUACUGAUAACUUGUUACAGGCCAGGAUUCCAAUGACCAAUCUGUUCCCUGAGAGAGAAUAAAUAAUAAUUAUUUAAAAAAAAAAAAGAAAACAAUUUUACACCCGACCAGAAACAACUUUCUAAUGAAGUGUCUCUGGCAGCCUGAAGUCGUCUCCUGCAAACGUCUGAGUCACAAAAUGAUCAGCCCCAUUCUGUAUCUUUUGACACACCAUUUCAUUCCCACAUAGUAAGCUAUUGUAAAUCAGUUUUAUGUUACGAUAAUAAAUGGAGGCAAAUAACAAAACGGUCAAAUGUCACAUUUAAAUUCGUUUAAGUGGAUGUUUUGUGAUUCACAAUCGUUCCAUGUAGGAGUGCACUCAUUGCAGUUUUCUGGCCGAUCACGGAUCUCUUAAAAAGUCUUACCUUUUCGAUAAGACUUUUUAUUGGUUUUUAGCCCAAAGCCAAUAUUUUUUGUCUGAAAUGUAGCGAGAAGGUGUCCAAGUUGGCAACAAUGGGCUCACUGUUAACUGCGAACAUGCAGACAUGACCUGAGCAAUAGAGGACAGUAGUUAAGUUCUAGAUGUUGAGAUAAAAUCAGCUUCACAUAUAAAUACCAGGCAAUCAUUGAUCUGCCAAAAUGAAGGAGAUCAGGGAGGCUCUAUCGGUGCACCCAUAGAUCUAUUGAGUUUUGCAUCCCUCCCCACAUCAGACCCCAAAUCAACUAUUGAAAAUUGAUAUAAGUUGUUAAAGGGAGUAUUUAAAAAAAUGUAUAUUUUAUGAAAAAAAAAUUUUGACAGAAUUGGCAGGUCAGGCAUUUUAAAUAUUUGCGCUCCACCAGAAAAUGCAAUCGGUGCACUCCGUAUAUGAAAACACAAAAUGACCAAAACUGUGCAGCAGCGACUUGCAACUGUGUAAGAAGCUGGUUGAGAUAUUUCCAACAUUCCCAAUGAACCAAUUAAACAUGAGCACAUCCAUCAGGAAUAAAAAGAAAAUAUUGGAAUCAUUUGAUCUAUUUAGAAUAUUAGUAAUCUGACUGAUUAAAUUGUAAAAUCCCAGGAUUGUAUUGACUUCAUAGUAGAUUGAUGACAUAAUAGUGGCCACUGGAACCAUGCAGUGGUUCAAAUAGAUCUCUUGAAGGAGUGGGCAAAAAUUAAAAGAACAUUUAAAUCCAAAACAAAGCCGUGAGGCGCUGUUGGGUCAGAACUCACAUCCGUUCGGAAACAGUUCAAUCCUCUCCUGCAUGGGAUUUGUUCACAGUUUAGUUUGCAGCAACUCAGACCCAUCAGAAAAAAUAAAUAAAUAAAAAUAACGGUUCUGGCUCUGGUUUGAAAAGUUUGGAGCAUCCCUUGCUGCAGCCGCUGGCUGGUUGGUGAUGUAACGAUGUAAUAUUUCAAAUGCAGACAACAGGAAGCGUUUGCCGUGUUCAGAAGCCGGCCCGACAGCACUGCGGCUCAUUCAGGGCCUAUAAUCAAGCUGAACCCUCGAAAAGGAUCUGCAGGUUACGUGCAAUGAAUGUGCCAGAAAGCGACUGCGGCACACGACAAAACGUGGCGUGUCCAUAUGAAUCUAUGUAAUGUGAAAUACCAUAUAGCUUAUAUAAUAUAUAUUUGAGAACAUCGGUGUUCUUGAGCAUUCCAGCUUUUGUGAAAUUUAUUAGUUUGGGUCAUCAAAGAUGUUAAAAAAUAUGAUAUUUUUACCUCAUAGAUUUGAUGCCAUGUACUGUAUGUGCUUGUUUCUAAGUCACCAUGUUGUCUGUUUACAUGUUUGAAGAACAAUAAAUGGGGAACUCUGUGGUUAACCACAUGCUAAAAGUAA